GCUGCAUGACGUACCAGGCUCUACACACGUUUGAUUGGAGGACGCUAGCAUUCACCCUCCCAUCUCUGUUUCUAACUGUGAAGACUGCACACCUCUUCAUUUCCAGAGAAGCCACAGCAAGUAACAUGAUCCUAUAAUAAGAUGGGCAUAUAAAAGCAGGAAAGACCCGGGUCCUAUUCAUGGCCACUGAGGAAGAGGUGGUACACCUCAAAACACGUCUGGCGGUAUUGGAUGGGACCCUUUUGAUAAUACUACGUGCCCAUGUCACCUAUCCUUAAAGUUGGAACCUGUGUAAUUUAUGAACAAUCCGAAUAAUACUCCGUUGCAAGUACAACAGAAAAUCAGCAUCUCGCAAAUAGGGAGUAACACAUGACUUAUCGUGUCAUCAUGUGAGCAACCCCAAAUCACGUGAGACACAGUUUGUGUAGCGAGGCCAGCUACACAAAACUACCAGAUGGAAAAAUACAGUGCCGGCGCAGACACACCAGGACGGGUCAGUGCAAAAGAUACAAGUGGCGGUAAUUGGAGGAGGACUGGUUGGUCUCUCAACAGCACUUUGCAUUACAGAAAGUCUUCCGCAGUGCUCAGUCACUGUCAUUUCUGAGAAGUUCUCCCCAAACACCACAGGGGAUGUUGCAGCAGGAUGCCUUAUCCCUCACACCUAUCCUGGAUCUCCCUCUAUUCAUGACCGCUUCGAGACUCUUAUCCGCUCUUUGAGUAGUCACCGAACCAUACAUCACUUCAUCAGCAGAAAGCCUGGUUUAAAAAAACUUUUGACUACUUGUUUAAAAUAGCUAAUUCCUCAGAGGCUCGUGAAGCUGGCAUCCAUUUGAUUUCAGGAUGGCAGAUUUUCAAGUCACCUCCUAAAGAAACUCACCCAUUUUGGUGGCAAAUUGUCUUAGGCUUUCGCAUGAUGGAAGAAGCAGAGCUGGCAAAAUUUCCAUCUCACACAUUUGGCCAGGCUUUUACAACAUUAAAAUGCCAAGCUUCACAAUAUCUACCAUGGAUGGAGAAAAGGUUUAAAGGCAAUGGAGGAUAUUUGGAAAGCAAAAAAGUAAAUGAUGUCUGGGACCUACACAGUGCAUAUGAUGUGGUUGUCAACUGUUCAGGACUAGGAUCAAGGGAUUUGUUUGGUGACCAGUCUAUAUAUCCUGUCAAAGGACAAGUACUGGAGGUCAAUGCUCCGUGGAUAAAACAUUUCAUUAGAGACGGUGAUGGGACCACUUACAUUUACCCUGGAAUAUCUGCUGUUACUCUAGGAGGAACAAGGCAGAGGGAUGACUGGAGUUGCUUACCAAAUGCAAAGGCCAGUAAAGGUAUUUUAGAUAGAUGUUGUCACCUGGAACCUUCCCUGCAUGGGGCGUCCGUAAUUCAAGAGAAAGCAGGCCUGAGGCCAACUCGUUCAGCCUUGAGGAUAGAAAAAGACAUUCUUAUUAGAAAUGGACAACAGCUCCCAAUUAUUCAUAACUAUGGUCAUGGUGGGGGUGGGUUUUCUAUUCACUGGGGAACUGCCAAAACAGCUACAAAACUACUGCAAGAGUUAAUUCCUUCACUACAUAAGGUUUAUUCAAAGUCAAAAUUAUAAUUUUAAACAAAAACCUGGGAAAUUUACACUUACAUCAGCUCACAUUAUGUUUCCAAUUUAAAUUUUAGGUCUAGAUUCUUUCUGAUUUCGAGCACAAUGUAAUUAUGAAUGAUUACAACAUGUUUUUAUCAUGUCCUGUGCUUUUAGACUUGAACAAAUUAUAAUAUUAAUAUCUGUACUGUUAAUAUGGUUAUAGUUGUAUUGUAUAUGUAUUUGCACCUAUAAUUGAAAAUAAAAUGAAGAAAUAAG